CGAGCUACCGCCAGAAAUGCUCAACAGAGUGUUUUUGUAUUGCCUUUAAGGAAGGAGGUGAAACCCAUUUAUUCCAUUUCGACACCGCUCAACAUCUCGCAUGUGUGCCAACGUUGGCGUGGAGUAUCUCUUGCAUUCGGAGGGUUGUGGUCGCAUCUCUUCAUCAAAUACACGAGCCGCAAUCGUGCAGGGGAACAACUGGAGCGAACUAGCGCUGGAAAUCUUCACCGAGUGGCUCCGGAGGACUCGCGGGGGACCACUGAACUUCACGAUCCAUUGCCAUCUUGCUCGGCAAGAUGAAGAAAGAAGCGAACAUCGCGCUUUUGAGAACAUCAUUACAAUGCUGCUUUCGAACCAAUCCCGCUGGCAGGACGUUGAUUUCUGGUGGGAUACCGUUACGGUUUCCCAGGAAUACAUGCGACCCACAUGCCAGCCCUGUCUUCGACCCGGUAAAGGCGAACAAUUAUCAACUUCGGAAUCACAACUCGUGGAAGAAACGUUGCCUGUGCGCACAACAAAUCUGCCUUCCUUAAAAUGGUUUGCUUACUAUGGCGAGGACUUCGGUUAUUGCAAUGCGAGAUUAAUAUUCUCAAACUUCAUUCGGAACUUCCUUCCUCCCUUAACGGUCCUAGACGUGGCGGGCUACGCUGCACACGAGGAUACUCUUAUACCAGCCCUGAGGUUGUUGAAUACACUCGAAGAACUCCGUAUCAAAGAUUGGCGGCUGACAGCAAAGUUCUUUCGGAUGCUUACGCCGGGUAAACACUGGAGCCAAAAGUCAAGUUCUCUCGUAUGCCCUUUUCUCAAGAAACUCUGCCUUAUUGAAGUCAACGAUCCUGAUGAUGUCGGGAUCGACAUUGAAGGCGGGGAUGAGACGGAGGUGGAAGACGAAGUCGAGGAUGGGGAAGAAAUGGGAUUAGGGGACGAAAUCGAUAACGAACACGGAGACGACGAUCACUGGAAUGAAGUUCAGAACAGUGGAACACCCGAACACAGACCGGCACCUCAUGUUGCCUUCAUAGGUGCUUACUGGUGGAUUGACUUGCCGACUGGACACAACAAUCAUCAGUGUAGGACCAUAGAGGCGUUGUUCAGAGGGUGUAUAUGCGUUGAAAGCACGGGUCAUGAGCCUCCUCCUCCCAAAUACUUGCGGAAGAUUGCGACUUCACUUCCCGAUUAA